AUGUCUUUGUUGCCUAACAGUGUUGCAUAUAUGGCACAAGUCCUCAGGCAUGAGGCGGAGGAGCGCGAGACUUUCCACAAGUUCUUCGAGUGCUGGCUUGCUGAGCAAAGCCAGCAUCUCGAACAACUUGUUUCUGCCUCUAAAGAACGGGACCAGUUAGAGAAUGAUCGAACCAAAGAAGAAUUUGAUGGGAGAGUUUUGCGUCCUAUAUUCCACCGUGUUGUGCAGCAUUACGAGCAUUAUUACGAGGCGAAAGCGAGGUGGGCUAAACAUGAUGUGCUAACCAUGUUCAAUCCUUCAUGGACGAGCACUCUCGAGGAUGCUUUCUUGUGGAUUGGCGGUUGGAGGCCCAGUAUGGCGUUUCAUUUGUUGUACUCGAAGUCAGGCCAACAGUUUGAGGCUCAAAUUUCUGAGUUGAUACGAGGACUCAGUACCAGUGACUUGGGAGAUCUUUCACCAAGUCAACUUAGACAGGUUGAUGAAUUACAGAGGAAAACCAUAAGGGAAGAGAAGGAGAUUAGUGAGAAGCAGGCAAAGCUUCAGGAGACGAUUGCAGACUCGUCCAUGGUCGAGCUGUCCACUGUUGCAUCCGAGCUAACGAGAGGAGAAGCCAGUCUAGAAAGGGGUGAGAUAGACGACGGACGAGUUGAGGCAACCCUGGCACCCAAGGAGGAAGGCUUGGUGGAAGUCUUGGAAAGAGCAGAUGAACAAAGGAUGAAAACUCUCAGAGAAACACUCAACAUUUUGACUCCACUACAGGGUGUCCAUUUCUUGAUUGCUGCCGCUGAAUUACACUUGAGGGUUCAUGAAUGGGGUAAGAAGAGGGAUGCUAGGCACCAUCAAGCUGGUCGAGAUGGGCACGAGCAAUAA